AUGGCAGCGCAGGAGAGACAGUACCCGAUGGGGAAGAUUGAGCCCAAUACGCUCAAGUACUUCGGUGCUUGUACGAUGGGAGGAAUCAUUGUAACGCCUCUCGACCUCGUGAAAUGUCGUCGACAAGUCGACCCAAAAAUCUAUACAUCCAACAUCUCCGCAUGGCGCUCGAUUAUCUCCAAGGAAGGUGUCCGUGGGAUAUUUUUCGGUUGGUCGCCCACUUUCGUCGGAUACUCGUUCCAAGGGGCCGGGAAAUACGGAUUCUACGAAUACUUCAAGUACCUGUACGGCGAGCGCAUGUUCCCCAACACAAACCGCACAGUUAUGCAUUUGGCCGCAAGUGCUUCGGCCGAAUUCUUUGCCGAUAUUGCACUCUGUCCAUUCGAAGCGAUCAAGGUGCGCAUGCAGACAACACUGCCACCGUAUGCGCAUAGCCUGCGCGAGGGCUGGAGUAAGAUUGUUGCGCAAGAGGGCAUGGCCGGUUUCUAUAAGGGAUUAUACCCUCUGUGGGCGAGACAGAUCCCGUAUACGAUGACGAAGUUUGCGACGUUCGAGGAGACAGUCAGCAUGAUCUAUAAGACGUUGGGAGGCCCCAAAGAGAGCUACAACAGCCUCCAGCAGACAGGAAUCAGCUUUGCGGGAGGAUAUAUUGCGGGAAUCUUCUGUGCCAUUGUCAGCCACCCUGCUGAUGUCUUGGUGUCUAAGCUGAAUGCCGAUCGAAAGGCGGGUGAAUCGGCGAUGAAGGCUGUCUCUCGAAUUUAUGGCAACAUUGGGUUUCCAGGGCUGUGGAAUGGUCUCCCCGUGCGAAUUCUGAUGCUCGGAACAUUGACUGGCUUCCAGUGGUUGAUAACCCCAAUCCUAGCUACUCAGUUCGAUUCCGCCGACUGCGACCCAGACAACAUGGAAUCAAGAACACCGUCCCAGCCAACCACGAACCCGCCUAGCAUCGAGAUUGCCUACAAACGCAAAUGCAUCGCGCUCAAGAAACGCCUCGCUGAGAUCGAAGCUGAGAAUGAUAUGCUGCGCAACCGAAACAAUCGCGGCUGGAAAUACAUUCAAAAGAUGCGCCUGGAGUCAUGUAUCCUCCUCGAGCGCUUAGCCAGCGUAACGGGAAUGGUCGAGGAAGCUGAAGCUGGUGUGAAUCCCGAACUGCGCGCGCGCGCCGCCGCUUUUGUGACCAAUGCCGCUGCCUUGAACGGCGCGGCUGCGAGGAAUGGAUCAGGGCCUGGAUACUACGACGAUGAGACGGAGGGAAGCUCAGACGAACAACCACCUACACCGCAAGAACGUCCGCUCCGAGUAAAACGAUCCCGCAAGUCGAACUUCAACCUCGACGAUGAAGAUUUGGCUGCCGGUAUCACUCCUGAGGCCUCCGGCCCGGGGUCGUCGUCGGCCUGGCCACGCCUCGCUCCGGCGCCAUCACAAGAGGAGAUGACAUCUUCAUUCCGGAUUCAACAGGGUAAUGGGUCCGGACAGGAAAAAGAUACUCCCCUACCGAGCGAUCGAGAGGGUGAAAACAGAUAUGUUUCGGGAGAGCGAGCAAUAGAUCCUUCGGCGGAGAAUUCCGCGACACCGAUGGAUUUGGAUGCAAAGGUGCUAAAGGAGGAAAGCUAA